GCUUAUUAGCCGAAGAGAAGGAAAUGUAUAAGCCACUGUCCGUACAGGUGACGGCGUUGGCGUCGGCGACGAUGGUCAGUUCCACCAGUUCCACUAUGGCGACAAGUAACUGUUCGGAACAGUCGAUGCAAACACGCAAGCUAAGCGUUCGAUUACGAGUCACUGCGAGGCCACGCGCUUGUGCGCUACCGUGAAGGACUUCCAACAUUCCUCGUCAUCUCUUUAGGCAGCGAAGUUACCCCUCUAAACGCCACACUCCAUGAUCUGGACGCCAUCAGUUCUACGGAAGAAGUAGUCGACGUUCUCGUAGGGCGCUGGUGGCCGCUUCAGCCCGGGACGCAGUGCCGCUGGUGAUCGGUUAUCGACUGUUUUCUGCUGCUUUCUAACUGCGUUUCGUGGCUCGCCUCCUGCCUGCCGGCGAAAUGUGACCGCAUCAUGUUGUGCCCGUCGGAGCCGGCAGUGGAGAACGGCAUCUCCGUGUGCGUCGCGGCCCCCUCAGCUGCGUCCGCCGCUGCAGUAGUGCGAGAUUUCAACGGUGGUCCCGACGGUGUCGUGAAACCAGAAGAUGCCGGACCGAAUGGAACAGCGGCGAGUGGCAACGGGAGCGGCUGUUGUACUCCCGUCGUCCCUACAAGCGCUGCGGCGAACUCGGCUCCUGUCGACGCCGACGGAAGCAGCGGCGACGAUCCCAAGCUGAAAGCGCUCUGCGGCGUCCCACAGCGAGGCGCCGAGCUCACGGCUGACUCGUACUCGAGUACGGACUCUGGAGGCGCAGUGGUGGUAGCGCCGCGCUAUUGUAACGAUCCCUACUGCCAGCUGAAGGAAGAUGCGUCGUCCGUGGUGGUUGCCGUCGUGCCUUCGCAGGCGGAAGGCCGGUCGUGGAAGUGCGAGGUCUGCUGCAAGUUGUUCGCGCAGAAGCACCACCUGCAGACGCACUUGCUCUGCCACUCUGGCGUGAAGAGGUUCGAGUGCCAAGUGUGCCACAAGGCGUUCAAGCAGCAGGCACACCUGAACACGCACCUCCUCAUCCACGAAGGCCGGCGGCCGCAUCGGUGCCCGCACUGUGACCACAGCUUUCUGCAGGUGACCCACCUGAAGAGACACCUGGUGACUCAUGGCGGCAGCUGCCUACCCUGUGCUAUCUGCGGCCGUCGCUUUGCGUUUCCGAGUGACCUCUCCGCACAUGUUGCCAAGCAUCACCCGCCACCUCUGCUGCGUACAAGCACAGGUGCUCCCGCCCCUCCGGCUCACAGACUCCAGUGUGAAGUGUGCGAGCGGCUAUUCCAGUAUCCGAGUCAGCUGCGGGACCACAUGCUGGUGCAUACGCAGGUGCGCCGUUUUGCAUGCCCUGACUGUGGAAUGCGCUUCAUGAAGGAGCACCACCUCCGCAAUCAUCUUGUCACUCACAGCCCCGUGAAACCGUUUCCAUGCCCCGUGUGUGGCAGGGCCUUCUCUCUUAAGGCCAACAUGGAGAGGCAUGUCCUUAUACACGAAGUCCAGCGUAGGUUCGGAUGUGAACGUUGUGGGAAGCGGUUCUCGCAACCCCAGACGCUCAAGAUGCAUCUGGUGUCGCAUGCCGACGUGAAGCCGUACUCGUGCAGCAUAUGUGGCAAGGGCUUGGCACGAGCCCACAACCUGCGCGCACACAUGGCAAUCCACCAGACAAGCAAGCCCCACCGCUGUCCGGACUGCAGCAGCACAUUUACACUUCGUGGGAACUUGGUGCGGCACCUCAAGGAGAAGCAUGGUCCAGCAAUCAUCCCUGCUGAAGCCGUGUCUGUAGUCAUCACCCCGCAAAGCCCCAACCGCAACGUGGCUAAACGUAGAAAAAACACACCAAAGCGGCUCAAAAAAUGUGGUGAAGGUUCCGGUGAUGAGGAUGGAGAAGAGGAGGAAGGAGAAGAGGACGGUGAAACGGAGGGAGAACAAGCAGAGGCAGAUGGAGUGGAGGCAGAACGGGACCGGUUCCAGGACCUCUCGGGACACAAGUACCAGGGGCUGCCUGGUUCGCCGGAAAAUGCACGCGGUGUUGAAGUACUCCAGGCCACCGUCUACUACCCUGCCCCUAUUGUGACGCAAGAGGUGCCGUCAUCAGAGCAUAAGCCUUUCUCACUACAUGCACUCCAGCCAGCUCCCGUGUUUGCAUCUCCUGGCAGCUUCUACGGGGAUCUCCCAACGGCAACACCUGCUGCAGUCGGACCCGAGGAAGUUGGUGCUCGACUGCAAGCACUGCAUGCAGCCAUUGAUGAUCUGGCGGGCAAGUUGGGCCCCGACCAUGACAAAGUUACAGCCUUGCACGCAGCCUUGGAUCAGCUUGUUCCCCCUUCGCAACAGCCGAGCUCCGCUCCACCUUGAGAACUAGCACGGACCUGCUAACGUUGCCAACUAUACCAGAGUUUUUAUAAAUACCUUUUUUUUCCUCUUCUUCAAAGCUCUAAUGUGCCACUUCUAACAAAGCAGUACCUUAGACAAACUUGCAUCUGAUGCACUCCUGUCAGAUGCUUCAUACAUAUAUGCUUGAUCCCAAAGUCAUGUAGUUUUUUUAGAACCGAUUUUUGUUGAAGCACGUUUGGUUUUUUUAGGGGGGGGUGGGAGGGGGAGAAGUGACUGUGAGAUUGUGAUGUGGCACUGCUGGCAGCACCACCGAUUGCUGCUCUCAAAGGAACGAAUUGUGACAGGGUAAACGAGUUUGGCUUUUUUGUUCCUUGAAGCUUUGACUUGUGAAAAGAUUGUGUCCUGGUUCUUGUCAAACAGUGUGAAGCGCAGGUGAAAAGAAACCUCCUGUGGAUUACUUGUCUUGUGGCUGACAGAAAGUGGACCUGAUUACAUGUGACCUGAGUGACUCCUGCCAGAAAGUGAUGACUGAAGGAAAGAACUGGGGAAUUAUGAAUCUUUCUAGUAUUAGUCAAAUUGAGUGUUUGUGCACCAGGAAGAGCCUUGUGCUUUGUGUAGUAUGUAUUUAUGAAAUAGAAAUGGUCAGAACAUGCUGUGUAUGUGACAGAUUUCUUAUGAAGGUGCUGUACUGGUCAGCUCAAAUGUAACAUUAAAGACACAAGUAAAUCUGC